CGGUAAGUUAGCUCCGCCCCCAUUCUUUGAUAGAAAACUCUGUGAUGUCGCCUGGCCGCUAGACGAGCUUGACCCACACACGCCGAGGCAGGAGCAGCCAAAUAAACGGAAUAGUCGGACGGGGAGAGACGUUUAAGACGGACGAGGAAGACCACGCACUGUUUGAAGGAGACCCCCUCCCGGAUUGCACUGUCAGUCCUUUUCUCCCUCCUGUUUCUGGGCUUGGUGCUUCAUUGACCUUCUACCAAUGAACAACUAGAGCUUGACCCCUGACCUUGGCGUGAUCUCUCACCUCUUCUAUCAAACCACGCCCACAGUGUGUAUGGAGCAGUGUGAGAGCGCAGCAGCUCUGCUGGAGUCGGUAAGGGAGCAGGAGGUGCAGUUUGAACAGCUGACUCGGGCGUUGGAAGAUGAGAGGAGGAGAGUGGGCCUCCCUGCCACCAGCCCUUCAACGCUGGGUCGCUCCCUCCCUCACACACAGAACGGGCGUUUAGGGGAUGCAGACAUAGAACGACUGAAAUUGACAGACUCCUACCUUAACGGCACACAGUACAGGAUGGUGGACCCAGCACACAGCACUCUAGAUGAGAGCUACACACCAGAGGAUGACUCCCAUGAAGCACACUCAGUUUUUUCUGAAGAAGGAACCACACGACGGCCGGACAAUGGGCUGAAGAAGCCAAUCUCACGCACAGUCAUGCCGACAGACUCCAUGUCCAUUGACGGCGGUAUGUCUAUGGGUGGCUACAGCGCCACACUGGACCGUCCAUAUAGGCACAUGGGAGGAGGAGACUACCCCACUGCCACGGUGCCCAGAAACUACCACUACAGCCCUGUAGGGGCUUACGAUGACUACAGGGCAGGACCACCAUCAGAGGCAUACACAAGCUUAAGCCGGGGCUCACACAUGGAUGAACGCUACAGGCCAGUUGAUGGCUACAGAACUCUGGAUUCUGGUUAUCGGGCCCCAAGCCGCCAGCAGAUGGACCCCUAUGCGGCACAGCCCCAGGUGGGCAGGGGAAUGAGGGCCAUGGGCUCUGCAAUGGAGAUGCGAUACAACCAUGGUCAUUACGGUCUGGAAGAUGACCAGCGCAGUGUGGGAUAUGACGACUACGGCAUGGGGCCUCCACCCAUGCACCCCGGCGGUUAUGGCACCAUGCCACGGCUGGGACAUGGCCCUGGUGGUAUGGAUAGACGACGACUCAGAAGUUGUGAAGAUACUCUGGAUAGUGAUAUGGGGGGAGUUGACCCAUAUACAUGGGUUGUUCCCAUGACCAUGGAGCGAGGAAGCAUGGCUUCAUUAGACAGCACCCUAAGGAAAGGUCCUCCUGCCUCAUGGCGACAACCAGAGCUGCCUGAGGUGAUUGCCAUGUUGAACUACCGCUUGGAUCCUGUCAAAACCAACGCAGCUGCCUUCCUCCAGCAUCUCACGUUCAAAAAUGACAAGGUUAAAUCAGAGGUGCGCCGCCUAAAGGGUAUACCCGCCUUAGUGUCGCUGCUUGACCACCCCAGCAAAGACGUGCACCACUCGGCCUGCGGGGCACUAAAGAAUAUCUCAUAUGGACGAGACCAAGACAACAAGAUUGCCAUCAAGAACUGCGAUGGUGUGCCAGCUCUUAUUCGAUUGCUGAGGAAGACCCGUGACCAAGACCUCACGGACACGAUCACCGGCACACUGUGGAACCUUUCAUCCCACGACUCCGUCAAGAUGGAGAUCGUGGACCACGCCCUGCACGCUCUGGCAGACGAGGUGAUAGUGCCUCACUCGGGCUGGGAGCGCGGGAGCAACGGAGGAGAGGAAAGCUGCAAACCACGCCAUCUGGAGUGGGAAACCGCUUUGACCAACACUGCUGGCUGCCUGAGGAAUGUGAGUUCAGAGCGCAGCGAGGCACGGCGGAAGCUAAGAGAGUGCACAGGAUUAGUCGAUUCGCUGAUGUACAUUGUUCAGUCACAGAUCAACCGCAAAGAUGUGGACAAUAAGUUGGUGGAGAACUGCAUGUGCCUCUUAAGAAAUCUGUCCUAUCAAGUUCACCGUGAGGUCCCCAGCUGUGAUCGCUACGCUGAAAGCGCGCCGAUCAACCAGGGACCUGCACCUGGAUCCAACAAGGGUGGCUGCUUUGGCUCUCGGAAGGGCAAAGAUGAAUGGUUUUCCAAAGGAAAGAAAGAAGGCGAUGAUGGAAGUGCAGACCAGGUUGACAUUCCAAAGAGGACAACGCCUGCCAAAGGUUAUGAGCUGCUGUUCCAACCAGAAGUUGUUCGACUUUACACAUCGCUGCUAAGAGAGAGCAAGAACCCCUCAGUGCUGGAAGCUGCUGCCGGGGCCAUCCAGAACCUGUGUGCAGGCCGAUGGACUUUUGGCCGUUACAUCCGCGCUACUGUGCGUCUAGAGAAGGGUCUCCCUAUGAUGGCUGAACUGCUGGCUCACAGCAAUGAUCGUGUGGUGAGGGCAAUGUCCGGAGCCCUAAGAAACCUCGCCAUCGACAACCGGAACUGUGAACUUCUUGGUUUGCAUGCGGUGCCCCACCUUGUAGCAAAUCUUCCCGGAGGCCAAACUGGGCGUGCUCUAUCAGAGGAGACUGUGGUGUCAGUACUAAGCACCCUGGCUGAGGUGCUAGGCAGCAGUUUGGAGGCGGCAAAGACACUCAGGGCCUCGCAGGGCAUCGAAAGGCUUGUGCUUGUUAAUAAAAACGGCAAGCGCUCUGAUCGUGAGGUUCGAGCGGCAGGUCAGGUGCUGCAGCUGGUCUGGGCCCACAAGGAGCUGCGUCGGCCUCUUGAGAAAGACGGUUGGAAGAAGUCGGACUUCCAGAUCAACCUGAACUCCAUCACAGCCAACGGCCCGAGCACUCGAGUCAACGGCACCUAUGGAGAGACCACCACGCCACUGCUGGACAGAGGAGAGAAGCGAAACAUGAUUCCACUUAAUGACCUCGGCUCUGAGGCUUACUCAACACUGGACCAGAGGGAGAGGAGACACACUCUCGACGACACGACAGACACUUUACCGAGAGGGGUGUAUGGGGGAAGAAAGGGCUCCCUGCCUCUGUUGGACUCCUAUGAUGAAAAACUGAUCGUGUGCAUCACCCAGACUGGGCCAUCCCUGCCCGGCUACUAAGGGAAGGAUGGUCCACAUGCACACACUCUCCUCGUGUGUGUGUGUGUCCCCUUAUCUUUCUCUUCCUUGUACCAUCUCCCAGCGGACCAAUGAGACGACUGUUUGGCAUCCAAAGAACGUGGUCGUGUUGCAGCUGAAUUAAGUUGCAACACCAAGACAUACACUUUUCUUUCUUUUACAUUGUACUAUUUGACCGUAGCAGCAGAACUCUUUGUAUUAAGUUAUAAAUCUAUAGAGGCAAUCACCUCUGUUGACAAUCAUUUAAAAUGCUGGUGUUUUUGCCCUCUUUGCUAUUUUCAACAUUAUUUUUCUGCUUGCAUCCUAACAAUGAGAUUGUGUGUGUGUAGACCUCUCAGUGUAGGAUAUAUACUGUACAUAUACAAAGAAAACGGGAUGACCGCGUUAGUUUUGGCUUUUAUUUAAAUCGUCCCUUCAAGGGGAUAUUGUCGGGAUGCGGCCCGUCAGACCCGACGAGUCGCCCUGUAGAUGGAGAAUGUUUGUAUAGAAGUGUUGUGUAGAAUUAUUGUCUCCGCUUUGGGGUUGGCACAGGUGUACACAAGAAAAAGCAGACGUGUGUGUAUGUGUGUGUGUGUGUGUAAGGGGAGAAACACCUAUGGACCUUUUUUUUUUCGUUAAAUUUUUGUAUGCAAGUGCAGACACAUUGUUUAUUUUUGUGCUCAUGUCUGUCAAUUUUGUUCUUAAUAUUUUUUCCUGUUUUUUUUUUUUCAAUGUGUAAGAAAUUUAAAUGUUUGGUUUUAUUCCAAAAUUCCACAUCUGGCUUGAUUGGUGGGAAGUGAAGCUGGCAAUAAGUGCUCAUUUGAACCACUUCCUGUUUAAUCACUUUUUUCUUGUGUCCGCUAUUUAGGAUGACUUCACCUUCUAGUCGACUGAAUGCUCGCGUUCCAACCCGCCGACGGGGGUGAGAUAGUACGAGGUGUAUUUGCUUAGAGGAGACUCGAGUCAGUACGGUUUUGUUAUAGUAGGCGGACAAGAUGCAUAUUUUUGUCAUCCAUUUGGUUUCUUUCUUUACCGCCCUUUUUCUGUCUAGUUUAUUUGUAUUUUGAGUGUUGCAAUGGUGGGUAAGAUCAUUAUGCAAUUUUUUUUUUUUUAAUUGUUCUUUCCGGUUCUCUACACACAUGAUAUAUUUGUAAUGUUGCCUAUCCAUGUACCAUUCAUACCUGCCUUGCCUCUGACAGUUGCUUUUUUUUUUAAAGAGAAAAAAAAUAUGAAGUUAUGUAACUGGUCAUACUGAUGUUUUUUAUAAAUAAAGAUCAUUUCUUAGACAA